AUGGCGACCGAGAGACAGCUGCCCACGUACGACGAGCUCCCGACGUUCAAGGACUUCUCUGGGUGCGCCUGGGAGGUCUGGGGCAAGGACGACCAGCUGGGUACCAUCAACCUCUUGACCGACGAGGUGAUGAAGGAAGCCGUGAAGGAAGUCAAGACGGGCAAAGCUGUCUGCUUGAACUGGCCCAUCCAGUUCCCGAACAAACCCGCGUUCGGUCGUGUUCCACCGCACCAUGAGAUCAUAUUCAAAGCCGACCGCGGUGCAGUCCAUGACGACGUCCUGCACAUUAACACCCAGUCAGGUAGUCAAUGGGACGGCCUGAAGCACUUCGGGCUGUUGAAGCACGGCCUGUUCUACCAAGGCACUCCAGCAAGUUCCUUCCAGAAUGGACACAUCACAAUCCCAGACCCGACCAACAUCGACCCCGAACUGAUCAAGUUCGGCAUUCACAACUGGGCCCAGCACGGCAUCUGCGGCCGCGGCGUGCUGCUCGACAUGGUCAAGUUCUACUCCGACGCAAACGGCGGCCGCCUCCCGUACGACCCGAUGACCACGCAUGCCGUCCCCGCCGCAGACCUCAUCGCGUGCGCGCAGAAGGAGGGCAUCACGUUCCGCCGCGGCGACAUCCUGCUCCUCCGCGUCGGCUUCAUCCAGCGGUACCACGGCGGCACGCAGGAGGAGCGCGACGGGCUCUCGGAGCGGGACAAGGCUGAGCACUUGAACAACCACUUCGCGGCGAUCGCAUCCGACCAGCCCGCCCUCGAGCGUUGGCCUGUCCCUGAAGGGGUCCCGCAUCUCCACCAGACCCUGCUCGGGCUGUGGGGAAUGCCUAUCGGCGAGUUCUUCGACCUCGAGGCGCUCUCGAAGCAGUGCGCGGAGACGGGCCGCUACACGUUCUUCUUCUCGUCCUGGCCGCUCAAUGUACUUGGGGGCGUCGCGAGCCCACCCAAUGCUGCAGCUUACUUCUAA